UUGAGAUCUGAUAAAAAAGAAAACUAAUGUAAAACAGUGUAGGAAGUGCAGCUGAAAAGAACAGAUGUAUUGAGAGAGAGCAGAUAAUAGCGUUGGGGAUAAAGCUUUAUCAAACUCUUGAAUCCUGAUAUAUAUCUUCAGGUUUCCAGAGUUAAGAAGUCGUAAGAGCUGUGUUCUUUGCAAAUCCCACCCUUAUUAAACCAAUAUUCAUCUUCCUCAAAAACUCAAACCAAAACCUUUAAAUCAUUACAUACCUCCUUACCAUAAACGACAAGAGAAAUGGUGAAAAGACCAUAGGAGCAGACCUGCAACCAAAGAGAGAGAGAGAGAGAGAGAGAGAGAGAGAGAGAGAGAGGUCUCCAGAGUUCUAUUGAAAGUUAUAUAAAAGUGUGUUAAAUUUUCAAAGAGAAUUCUUUAUGACGACACUUGAUCCCUGUAAGCAGUUUGCAUGCAAAUUGCAAAAGUGUCUGAACGAUAAUAUCUACCAACCAUCUCGUUGUCAAGAAGUCAUAGAGCAAUUAAGAAUAUGUUGUACUAAGCAUUCUAAGAAUUCUGUAGUUUGCGAUGGUAUAAAUAUUACUAAACCAUACCAACAUAAUACUGUUGACUUUGUACGAUAAUUGGUUUGUGUGUAGUAUUUAGCAAACCAAUUUACGACUUGUGUGUAGUAAGACCAACAAUGAAUGAAAUACAAAAGAAAAAAAGCAAAAAGAACAAAGUGCAGGCUCCUAAUUCAGCAUAAAACCUGCGGAAUUCGUCA